GGAGGGGGCCAAGGUGGUGGCUGGGCAUGGAGCCCAGGUGAGGAGAGAGGCCAGGGUGGCUGCCAGCGAGGCAACAAGGGCCACCAUGGUGAGACAGCGGGUGGAGGCAGCCCUGGGGCUGCUGGAGCGCUUGGUGGCUGCGUGUGACGAAGCCACCGUGUUCCCCUGGGAGCUGCGGCGCCUGCUCAGGGACAUCGAUGCCACCCUGGAGGGGACAAAUGAGGCGUCCCCUGAUGUCCCUGAGGACUUUGUGGCCAAGGUGGCCGUGGCCGAGCAGCUGUGGGAGGCCAAGACGCACCUGGUCAAGGAUCACCUGCUGGGGGCAGUUGAUGACAUCAUCAAGGUCUAUUUCGCUGGUGGUCCUGCCUGCCCCAGUCCCUGUGGGGUGGCCGAGCAGUGCCAAAGAGCCAUCGAGGACAUCCCAAGGCUCCUUCGACCCCCAGAGUGUCCCCAGAGCAUCCCCAGUGUGUCCCCAGUGAGCGUGGAGCUCCAAGAGCUGCUGGAGGCUCUGGUGUCCGUGGUGGCCACCCUGGGCGAGGUGACGGCCACCGUGACCGGGCCACACCGGGGCGUGCGGCGCUGUGUGCCCCCAAAGUUGCUGCACGCGGCCCUGAGGAUCUUCACCUGGAGCCUCCGUAAGGGCCUGGAACACCCCGAUGUCCCCUCCCUAGGCCAGGCCCUGGCCACCCUCGGGGCCACCCCAGGGGCCACCUGGGCCGAUGUGAGAGCCGCGGGCAGCGCCUGGCGGGAGUUGGUGUCUGCGUGUGAGGAGAGAUGGAAACAGCUGGUCGAGGAGGUCACCAAGCUCCGUGAUGCCUGCAAGGACGCGACCUUCGCCUGGGCCAGGGACCAGCAGGACAAGGCCACCUGCAGGGAGACAGCUGGGGACAACCUGGCAGCCACAGCCCAGCAGCUGAUGGUGGCCCUGGACAGGGAUAAGGAGGCCUCAGUGGGGGCCACACGUGAUGCCCAGGUGGCAAUGGCCACCAAUGAGGCCAUGGGAGAGGCCGUGGUGGCCUCCAGGCGGGCGAGGGCCGCCAUCAGGAGGAGACAUUGGGCCGAGGUGGCCCUGGAGCCACUGCAGCGCUUGGUGGAUGCGUGUGACAGAGCCACUGAGUUUAUCAGUUACAUGGAGUGCCAGCUCAGGGACACUGAGGCUGCCCUGGAGGGGACAAAGGAGGCAUCCCCCAAUGUCCCUGAGGACUUGGUGGCGAAAGUGGCCAAGUUUGAGCAGCUGUGGGAGGCCAGCGCCCUCCUGUUCAAGCAUCACCUUUUGGGGACACUUGGGGACAUCCACGACCUCCUCUUGAGUCCCUACAGUGGCCACGGUGGCCCCUGUGGCCCCGGCAGCCGUGCAGGGGCUGAGCAGUGCCAAAAAGCCAUCAAGGACAUCCCAAGGCUGCUGCGGGGACAGUGAUGUCACCACUGUGAUGUCAUUGGUGCAGUGAUGUCACUGGAGAGACUUGUGGACAGUUGAGUGCCACCAGCUCCUUGAGUGCCACAGCGCUGUGUGUCACCAAGAGCCCCUCGAGUGCCACCAGUUCCUCAAGUGCCACCAGCUUCUCGUGUCACCAAGAGCACCUCAAGUGCCACCAGCUCCUUAUGUCACCACGAGCCUCCAGAGUGCCACCGGUUCCUCAAGUGCCACCAAGAGACCCCCGAGUGUCACCAGGACAGGCCCAGUCGCUGUGUGGGGGUCCCUGGUGUCACCGGGGUCUCUGUCUGUGUCACACCCCACCCUUGAGCACCCACUGGGACCCCCCUGAGCACCGGGACCCCCGAAUUUCACCGUCCUCAUGCACCGGGACGCCCCCGUCAGGACCCCCCCUCAGGCAUCAGGACCCUCGAGUUUCCCUCCCUCUCCUCGUGCACCGGCACCACCGGACCCCCCCCAGGAACCAGGACCUUCCCCUGGUGCACCGGGACCACCGGAGGCCCCCCCAUCAAUCAGUGCUGUCAUCGUUCAUUGCGACCCCCCCUCAGGCACUGGGACCACCAGAAACCCCCCCAAAUCACCGAGCACCGAGACCCCCCCUCGUGCACUGGGGCCGCUGGAGACUCCCCCAAAUCACUGAGCACCCCCUGUGCACCAGCACCGGGACUGGGCCCUCCUCGUGCCCUGAUCCCCCCUCACCGAGCACCGGGACAGGGACCGGACCCCCCCUCGUGCACCGACACCCCCGAGCACCGGGCCGGGACCCCCCUUUGUGCCCCCCCCCAUCACGGGGGUUCUGCCCCCUCCCCUUUGAGCCCCCAGAGCCGUGGGACCCCCGGGAGCAGCACCGGGACUGGGGGGAGCCGGGAGUGGGACCAGGGGGCUCCAAGUGCUGGGGGGCACAGGGGGGUCCCCAGCACUGGGGGGGUCUCUUGGGGCUCAGUCCUGUCCCCCCCUUCCCCAUUAUCAGCUGGGACCCCCUGUGAGAAACACGGGUCAGAAUUGAAAUAUUUAUAAAAGUUCGUUAAAGGUUAAAAUUGUGCUGCUAAUUGCCAAAAGCUCACCAUUAAUUAAGCCAUGUUCUUUAUGUCCUGUUACAUCAAAGAGGUUUUCAUG